UGACAGGCGAUAUUCCAUCGCUCACCAGAAGUCGAAUAGAUUCUACAAUAUCUCCGUAGCCAGAAUGAAUACUCAGUCUGUCGUCCGGCACGAUAAAAUUGUGAGGUACAAACCUCCUUCUCCUGAUGUGGUCAGCGGACCAGGAGCUGUCGAUCCCAUCUCGGACUACAUGAAUGUCUUAAGCAUAGCUUUCUCAAUGUUCGGUCUCAUGAUGAAGAUAAAAUGGUGUUCUUGGAUGGCUAUUUUCUGCUCAAGCAUCACCUUCAGCAAUUCUAAGAACAACGAGGACACCAGGCAAAUCUUCAGCAGUUUCAUGCUUUCCGCGUCAGCCGUGAUUAUGACUUAUCUUCAGAACCCUCAGCCGAUGACCGUGCCCUGGCUCACGACGUAGUUCCAAGAGUAGCGUCAGUUUUAAAUAUGCGAUCAUGUAAUACAUCAGCCAUGUCUU